AUGUUAAAGUUUAAAAAUAUUUGCAAAACACAAUAUUACGAUAUUUUUAGCGAAAAGGUCAAGGGCAAUCAAAACGAAUUAUUAACAAAAUCAGCCCUCCAAAGCCAAUGUAAAGAUUUCGAAAAUUUUGAAAUGGAUGUACUAGCUUCCUUUCAAAUAUCUUGUAGUAAAAACAAAGACCCAGUCGAUGAUAAUUCCUGGAAAUAUGAAAUUACAAAAUAUUUAUUUGAAGUCGCUAAUAGUUCAGAAAAUGUAUUGAAUUGGUGGAAGAGUCACGAGACUAUAUUUCCAAUAUUAUCUAACAUGGCUAGAAAUUUAUUAGCGUUAUCUGCUACAUCGGCAUUAGAAUAG